ACACGAUGUCGGUCCCGGCGGUGUUGGGUCGUAUCUUGGGCCAGCGUGCGAUCCUGGACUCCGUGAGCCGGCUGUGCGCACCACUAGCUCAGCUCCAGGUCCAGCAGCAGCGGGACUACUUCAAGCUCGUGGAAAAACCGAAACCUGGUGUCAAAGGAAAGUCUUAUCGCAGGAUAGUUCACUUCAAGGACAAGUAUACCAUCGAGCCCUUGGAAGUUACCAAUCUCGGUGGCAGAGAUCCUGUUACGGGUCGGAAAGUGGUCAUUGGUAUUGGUGGUGGUAUAAAGCACAAAUAUCAUUGGAUCAACUGGAGGAGGGAUGGACCAUCUGAUCUCAAUGAGAGUCCAAAGGAAGAAAAAGUCUUACAAGUCUUUAAAGAUGGUUGCCGCACCAGUCAUGUUGCUCUUGUUGGGAGUGGAAAAGAAUUGUAUUACAUUCUUGCCACCGUGAACAUGAAACCUGGAGAUAUUCUAAGAACUCACAAAGGAAUCCCUCGUAUUCCUCGAAAUCCCAAUGAAGGUGACUGCUAUGCACUGGGAUCUUUGCCAAUAGGUACUCAAGUCAACUGUGUUGAAAAAUACGUUGGAUGGGGUGGUUGCCUGAUGCAUGCAGCUGGAACUUUUGGUACCAUUACAAAGAAAGACAAAAAUCGUGUGGUUGUGAAAGUACCAAGCAAGAGGGAGUUCAGCUUAGAUGAGUAUUGCAUGGCAACUGUAGGUCGAUUAUCCAAUGUAGAACAUAGCUCAACACCUAUUGGAAGUGCUCAAAAAAAUCGAGAAUUAGGUAACAGGCCUAGAAGUGGCUUAUGGCAUAGGAAAACUGGCAAACAUGGGCGUAAAAUCAAACCACUACCACCUAUUACGUCAUUUAAUCUUCACGAGUAUAAACCACCAGGAACUAUACAAUUAACUUUGAGUGGUUUGUAAAAUGCUGUUUUUUGAUUGAGGAAAGUUUGUAAAUAUUUUUUCUAGAUUAAUCAAGAUUCAUAGAACAGGUAAUGAUUGUUAAACAUCACUUGUAAUAAAAAAUGAAGGUUCUAAUGGA